GACUUUUCUGGUGGGGGCGUGGUUCUUGUGGGCUGCUUGCAGGCUUCUGGCUGCUGCGCCAAGCCAGCAAGCAAACAAGUUGUUGUGUGUUGUGUGUUGUUGUUGCACUCGAACGCGCGGUGCCUCUUAUUGUCUCUGUGCUGCUGUGUGCUGCUGCGUGCUUCGUGUUGUGUGCGUGCAUUUUCCAUCAAAACGCCGCAUCCAGACUGUGAGCAACACCAGCACUCCUGUCCUUGUGUGCCAUUGCCACCUGCCUGCCUAUCCCCCCCCCCAACCAACAAGCCAUGAAGCUUGCCCUGCUCCUUGCUGCUCUCGUGGCAGCCACCUUGCUGUCGGAGACAUUAGCGCUCGGUACAUGCUCGUCCAAUGGCAUCACAAGCCAGUCGUCCUGCAACUCGCAGUGCUCGGGCAGAAGCAACUGCUUCUGCUCCUUUGUCGACUUCAAUGGCGCCACCUGCUCCUGUGCCAGUACAAGCGGCUUCACGUUCUCCUGCACCGACAUUGGCGGCAGCGUGGUGGACGACGACGAUACACCGCUGUUUGGCGGCGACGACGAUGACGACUCCAUCUUCAACUACCCCUCGUGCAGCUCCGAUGGCGUCACCUCUCAGUCCACCUGCGACAACAGGUGCUCCGGAAGCAGCUGCUUUUGCUACUUCACCGUGGUUGCCGGCGUUACCGCCUGCUCCUGCGCGGACUCCUCAGGCUCUGUGUACGUGUGCAGCGACACCUCCGGCGCCACAGGCUCAAGCAGCGGCGACGACGACUUCUUCUCUGGCUUCAGCGCAGAUGACGACCUCUUCCCAUUCGGUGGAGACGACGACCUGAGCAUCCAAUACUCAAGCUGCAACGCGGACGGCGUGAGGUCGCAGUCCUCCUGCGACAGCCGGUGCUCCGGCAGCAACUGCUUCUGCUACUUUGUCACGUACUCCGGCUACAACACGUGCUCCUGCGCAGACCUCUCGGGCUCCGUGUACGUCUGCACGGACAUUCCUGGCGUGCCAACCAGCGCCACGAGCAACGACGACGACGACGCCCCAAGCUCCAGCCUUGUCACCGACGUCCUUGUGACAUAUCUCGGCGAGCGGUGCAGAAGCAGCAUCAACAACGCCGUCAGCAGCUCCCUCAUCAACUGCAUCGCCAACGCCGACACGGAGCUUGCCGUGUUCAACGACGACGACUUUGCGGAUGACGAUGGCGACGACGGCUUCCCAACCCCAACCGAGCUGGACGGCAUCUGCCGCAACCGAUGCGUUGGCCAGAUCUUCCGCAGCAUCCAGCUUCUGCAGGCUGACAGCUGUCUCCCGACCAUCAGCAACAUUCCCUCGGUUGAUGACGAUGACAAUGGCAUCCUGAGUGGAUUUGCCGAGUUUGCCAGCUUUGCGUCGUACAAGGACCUGCUGGGUCUUGCCUGCACGCAGGGCAACGGGGUGUACUGCUCGGAGGUGGCAGAUGCCGUCAGCACCUUGUUUGAUGAUCCAGCAAACUUUGGUGCUGCCCAGUGCCAGAUGAUUGUUGGUGCAGGCAACUGCCUUGGCACUCUCCGUGCCGCCUUUGAGGCGAACCCGGACCUGUUUGACCUCAGCGGUGCUCUGACAGCUGACCUUGUGAUCCAACAGCUCUCUGCCACGUGCGACACGUUUGGGGUGAGCGGUGUGACAGAGGCGGCCUCAGCCACCGAGGCCCCGUCGUCCAUCGCCUCCAGCUCCGCCACCACGGUCUCUGGCGUCGUUGCUGCCGUCGUUACCCUGGCUGCUGCAGCCAUCAUGGCGUAAAUUACGCCUCUCACCGCCGCUCUGCUUCGGCUGCGUUCCCGGCGUGUGCGCGUUUAUUUCUGCUUUGUUUGUUUGGUUGUUUGCUUGCUCUCGGUGUCCUUCUCGCUGACCCUCGCAUGUUGUGUCAGUUGAUUUACGUUACCAAACACUUUGCCACGUGCUGUGUUUGCAUGUCAUUUGCUCCCUUUGUGCGGGGUGAUGUUGCUGCUUUUGCUGCUGCUUGUCUUGCUUGUGGCCGCUGUUCAUUCACCCCUUGCUCGUUCCAUUUCUCGUCACACGACAUGACGACAACGCGUUUGAGCA